AUGUCGCUCUUUCUACCCGAGUUCCAUCGAGAAAUUCAAUCCAAGUUUUUGGAUAGCGUAAUUCCUGAAUUGAAAGAAAAUUCAAUCAAUUUGAACAACUAUGAACUGAUUGAUGACUUAUUAUCCUUCCUUGAGUUAUCACUGAAUCAACCACUAGUUCCAUCAGAGGAGAUUUUCCACUUGUUAUUGACAAUAGCCUCGAGAAGCUCAAGCUGCAAUUGGUCAGCGGAUCUGUCAAACUCAAAGAGUGGUUUUAUGGACACUCAAGAACAUCUACUGGCAUCAAAACAUUAUAAUCAAUUGUUGCAUAAAUCAAGCCUAAAUGAUCGUUGUAUCAACAUUUUACAAAGGUACAAGGACCUUGUAUAUAAUGGGAAUAAAGAAGUAUACAGUGUGUUACAACAAGCGAUUAAUCACCUAGUGACAAGAGAACAUAGUCGGCAACGAACCUCGAACAUCACCUCAAUUUUGAAACCAAUAGAUCAACUGUCAACACCAAAGAUCAAAGAGGAGAGAAGAAAUAGAAAAAGGCGACAUGAUGAGAUCACGGAGGCAGAAGGUAGUGAUGACACCCCGAUUGUCAUUAGCGAUUCUGAGGACGAUUAUAAUGAUCCUGAUUUUAGGCUACUGCAUGAAAGCCAAGAAGGUAGUGCAUCUGCUGAUGUAUUCAAAUCGCCAAGUCAAACCAAUGGAACGCUAUCUGGGUCUUGGAUUGGGUUGCGUCUAUUUGAUGAGCCUUUACUAAAGGACCAAUUCCACUUGAGUGAAGGUAGGUUCGGUAUGUGGGAGUUAAUCAAUUGGACUUUUUAUUGCGCUGGUUUGUCCACAUCAUUCUACCCACAAAAGAAUACAAAUUGUCACGCUAUUUACGAAGCACAAGCAAAUACACUACUAUUCGUAUUCGAUAUUAUUGAGUACAAUUUAGUCAACACUUUGAACGAUAUAUUCGAGGACCAAGAUCCAUACGUGACACUUUGUAAAAGCUCAACUAACAAGAAUAGAUUUGCUAGCUUGCAAGUGGAAGAUAAUUCAAGUAUAUUGUUACUGAGGCUACUACAAUCCCUAGGAUAUUUACAAAGCCAGUGGUACGAUAGAAUUGUUGAGUUUGUGUUUAAUGGAUUGACGAGGCUACCCCCUUGUCCCAAAACAUGUUAUCAGCAUGAAAGCAUAUUGGUAAGACCAGAAUUGAAUUUGAAAAAGAGAGGAACAUCUUCGAGAGGAGUAUCUUCCCAGGCAGAGAUUGGCGACGAUAGUGAUAAUAUGGAUUCUAUGUCAUUGAGAUUUAAAAUUUGUGCAACCGUAUACUAUUGGAGCUUGGUGUUUGAUAAGAGUGUAUUUUCUGGCACAUCAUUUGGUCGUAACUCAUCGACGCAUUUAAAUCCAGCGGAGUUGCUCAAAUUUAUAUGUGAAAAAUUCAACUACAUUGAUAAUCGAUAUUUGAUUGAGUUUUACUAUUCACUGUUGUCACCAUCUGCAAUUCCACCCAAAUAUAAACAACUAUUCUUGACGAAUUUAGGAAUUCAAUUGCUUAAAAUGCUAACCGGGUUAUCUGAGAAUAUUAAUUUUGAACUUGAUGACUUUUUACAUCUCAAUGAGGGCAACAACCAAGUGAAUAAUUUGGAUUUGAUUUUGUCUUGGAUCAACGAUCCAUCACUCUAUGCCCAAAUCACAGAAGACGAGUCUUAUGAUAAUUUCAACAAGUUUUAUCAAUCUUGGACGAAGUUGAAUUUUAUACUUGAAUGGAGUUUGUCAGUGACAUUGGGGGAUUUGAAAGACCUGGGAAACAAUAUCUACAAAGAUCCAAUAAUUUAUAACAAGUUCAAGAAUGCUGAUAGUUUAAGGAAAAUGGCUUUUCAGGGGUUUCUCAAUACUAGUUUGCAACCAAAGGAGGUUUCUAAUUUCAAGUUUCAGUUGAGUGAAAGUUCUGUUGAUGAUGCCAAUAGCAAUAUGAUGACCUGGGAGCCAUUCACAUCGAUACUAUCAAACUACAUAUGA